UUUUCAGAGGUCCGAUCUGUAGGAUCCUCAGUCGCUCCGAUGCCGCAGCAACACUGAUCGUCAUGCCGAAUUGGCUGCCCCAUGCCGAAUGAAGUGGAUCGUUGGGCUGCUGGCGCAGGCCAGCGGCGAAACGACGCCCAUCGACUUCAGCUUCAGCCCCAGCACCACGUGGCGCCUCGUGAACGAUGCCGAGGUCACCUACGGCUGGAGCAUCAGCGAGCUUCGCACCUUCUCAGACCCCAACUGCCAAGAGCCGGCAGCACCUGCCCGGGCUGAGGGCGCAAGCGCGCUGGGUGCCUCUGCCAGCCGCGUGCUGGAUGGUUCCACACUCACCGAGUGGAGGGCUCCCUGCCACAUUUGCGGACUGCACGAGGCGUGGCUGACGCUCCACUUUGACGCGCCAGUCGCCUUGAUGUGUUUGGAGCUCUUCCAGUGGGGCGACCGGGACUACGCGGCCGCAGCGGUCCUACUGCAGCGGAAGAGCGGUCCAGGCACCGAGGAGUGGGUCACUGUGCUGCGUGGGCACCAGUUGCAGGGUGGCCGCUGGGACGCGCUGCACUUCGUGCAGUGCGCCCCGCUGGCGGCUCCAAACUACGGUUCUGUGAGGCUCACCAACAAUGGGCUUUAUCCGAGCGAGGCGACCUUCACCUGCAAAGGCAUUCGACCCUUAACGGGGAGUGGCACCUCUGUGUGUGGCUCGGACGGCCAGUGGUCCGACACACCUCCCACCUGUUGGGAGGCCAUCCACUUCAUCGCGGUGAUCUCGGCGGUCUUGGCCAUUGAUGCGUCCGCCUUCGUGAUCUACUACAGGUGCUACGUGGUCGAUCAGCCAAAGCCGCUGAACGACGAGUCGAUCAUCCCUCAGGACUACUUGGGCAAGUGGAACUCCGAGUUGCUGGGUGAUUUCACCGCGGAGCCCAAGCUGAUGACGGUGACGGUGCUUUGCCCCUGUUGUCGCAUUGCCCACACUUGGCAACAAGCUGGCAGGGUCGCCUUCCAGUUGGCCAUUUGUGUGCCGCACCUCUUCUUCUGCUGUCUCCCCUGCAUCGGCACCUACUUCCGGAACUCCCUCCGACAGCGCUUCAGUAUUCGGAGGAGAUCCAGCACUCUCUUGGACUGCUGCGCCUGGACCUUCCUGCCCUGCUGUGCUGCGGUGCAGGAGGCCAAGAUGGUGGAUGCCAUGUGCGUGGUGGCUUAUGAGGAGGGCCGUGUGAAGGACGCCGUGGAGCAACGCAAGGCGGAGGCCUUCGCCAAAGCCAAGGCCACCACGGCGGUUUCUGCCCGUGCUGCGCAAGUGGCGGGAGCAGCUCCUGUGAAGUUGGGCCUCUCCUCGAAGACGGGCGCCCUCCGGAAGCCCAAGAGCUCUUUGGAGAUGAUCGCGACCACGCCGGCAGCCGCAUGAGGGACCUCGUCCAGAACCGGCGCGUCCGAUGCACCGCCGGCGAAGACCGCCGGAACCCGCUCGGGAACGUCGGAC